UUCCGGUUAGGCGAUGCUCCGCCCAUUCAUGUUUUUACAUACGGUCAAUGCUUGUACCCCACGUGUGCACGGGAGGGUGUUGAUAUUUUAAACUCUUGCCUUUCCGUGUCAGUUUUAACAGAAUUAAAGGUGGACUAUUUGUCCUCUCGUCGUCAUGGAUCUCGCCUCAAAGGACUCGUACAUUCAAAAACUUGCAAGUAGAGUCAUUUCUCAUCGAGACCAGGAGCCAAAGAAGAGACCAUUUGUUCCCUUCAAGGGCAAAAGCGACGCUGGUCCUCCAAAGAAAAAGAAAAAAUCUAAAAAGAAGCACGUUAAAGAUGAAGGCAGCGACAGCAAAGCUCCUAAUUCCAAACAGAAGCCUUCACCCUCUCCAGCGACUCAGAAAAACCCAGCAACUGUAAAACCAGACAAGUCCAAAACUGAGAAUGUAAAUGGCUCUACAACACAGAAGCCUAAAGGAGGAACUGUAGAUGCCAGCUUCUCAACAGUGGAUGUAUUACGCAAGAGGCUACAUGAAAAGAUCGAAGCAUCCAGAGGACAGGGGGCUCCAAAGAAUUCAUUUUCAGAGGCAGUCCAAGCGAAGCGAGCAAAGCGAAAGCUCGAGCGGGAGCGCAAGAAAAGGAAGAGAAAAGAAUUUCUGAUGAAGAAAAAGGCCGAACAAAGUGGCGAAGAACCAGAGAUAAAACAGGAAGAACAACAGCCCGCCCCUGUUCCCAGCAAAAGAAUUGCAACCGCUAUUGUGUACAACAAGGUGGAGACGGUGGAAGAGGGAUACAUUGACAAAAUGCAGAGAAAGAAGAUGAAGAAACAGAGUACGAAAGGCCAGUUAACGCCACUGACGGGGAAGAACUAUAAGCAGCUGCUCAAACGUGUGGAGGCUCGCAAAGAGAAGCUGGAAGAGCUGAGACAGAAAGACGAGACGAAGGCAAAGGAGAUGGAAACCAAGAUUAAAUGGACAAACAUGCUUUAUAAGGCAGAGGGCCUCAAAAUCAAAGACGAUGAGAACAUGCUGCGCACCUCGUUGAAGAAGAAGGAGAAGAGCCACGCUCAGAAGAAGAAGAGAUGGGACGCACGCAACGAGAACGUCGUCGGGAAGAUGCAGCAACGGCAAGACAAGAGGCGAAGGAACAUCCAGAAACGAAAUAAAGUCAAGAUAGAGAAGAAGAAGGACAGGGCGCGGAAGAAGGGCAGAGUGCUGCCUGAGGACUUGAAAAAGGCUGCAGUUUAGAGAUAAUGAGACAUAAGUCACAUCUUUUUACCUGGCAACGUCAUAUAGAAUUAAUAUGAAGGUGUACUGCUUGUGCACAUGUCGGUUCAUGUUUUUUUUGUCUUCAUGUCAAUAAAAUGUCGUCGUAU